AGGGCGUGGAAGUGACAUGACAUGAUCUAGCCCCCGCAUGAAAUCUCCACACUCGGUUUCUCCACCGCCGGGGUGCCAUUACCGUCCGGUCCCCGGACCCGGGAUUGUACAUACUUUACGCGAACAAGCGAAUUAUAAGAACCUGCAAAGUCUGGCUCUCAUUUUCAGCGGCUGGCUUGAUGUCGACACUCUGCCCUCGCAUCUGAUAAUCCUGCGAAGAAGCUACGUCAGUAUCCGGUUUGCACAGGCUUUCCGACGCUUUGACAGCGAGGUCAUGGCCGUCGAACGAAAGCUUCAAAUCCUCCAAGAUGAAGAGAAGACGAAGGGAUCAGUCCAAGUUCAGAGGAACUGCUCCCUCGCGAAGAUGUUACAACUCGUUAUUUUCUGAGGUGUCGGUGACGCUUUGAUGUGAUUUUGCUCGUUGGCCACAGAAUGAGCCCAGGCAUCUCCAGUUGAGGCUUUGAUCAAG